GCGUCCAUGCCGCGGAUCCGCUGCGUGGCGGCCAUCCAGACCACCCCGCCACCCUACAUGGUCGUCGUCGACCCCCUCUGUCGAACCCUAGCCCCACUCACCCUCUCGCGUCUCCCCUCUUCCUCUUCCCUCGCCCGACGCUGCUGUCGACAUGCGUCACUCGAUCCCGCGGCCACUUGCCUCCCCAUGGCGCCAGAAGAUGUCCAGGAGACGGGCCUCUUCGUAUUCGUUCUCUACGUGAAGCUACUCGAGCUGGAGGGCCCUGGAGCCGCCGCCAUCGACCCAUCCCCUUCGGCCAUGGACGCCCGCGCCGCCGUUCGAUCCGUUCGCCUCCGACCACCUCGUGCCACCCCGAGCUCGUCAACGCGUUCACUAUGAUGGAGUCCAGGAGAUAGAUGAUCCCGAGGAUGUUUCUACAUGGAGUACGGCUUCGAGGAUUAGUUAGGAGGUCCGAGGUAGGAGGCCUUGCCUUUUCGAUCGAUGCUACUUUUGUGCUAGCCAUCUUUUGGCACCUUGUUUAACUUAUGUCUGUACUCAAAUAUUGUUGCUUUCGCUGACUC